AUGGAGAUUGAAAAGAAAACUGAGGGUGCAAACAGAGUUCGAACUCCUAGACCUACUUCAUACAGACCUCUGGUUUCACAACCUAAUGCUGAAAGUGUCUCACAAUCCCUAGACCUAAAAGGGAUAUUAGAGACUGUUUGGAAGAAGAUAGCUGGAAGGAAAAGACCAGAGUUGGAUGUGGAAAAUGUACACAUUGAGCUGCAGCAGUUGAUUUUGAGUCGAUCUAAGCCAAUUUUAAUUAUUUUGGAUGAUGUUUGCUCUAUAAACAGUUUGGAAAAAUUAUUAUUUGAAGGUUCAGGAUGUAAGACUCUCAUAACGACUAGAGACAAGUCAAUCAUUAUCACAAACCCUUCUACACAGCUCUAUCAACUGCCAUUUUUGGGAGCAAAGGAUGCUCUUUCACUUUUCUGCUUCUGGGCUACUAGACAGACAUCAAUUUCAAGUGAUAAAGAUGCAAAUAUAAUGCAAGAGGUGCAAGCAAAAUGUGAUGGUCUGCCACUUUCUCUAAAGGUGAUUGGAAGUUCUUUCAAUGGCGAACCCCACGAGGACAGGAAAAUAUGUGUUGAUGCACUAUUGGACAUUUGGGUUUAUGGUCGAAAGUUGGAGAAGCAUAAUGCUUUUGCCAUCUUAUCAAAACUCACAAACAAAAACCUGUUAAAGUUUACAAGAAAAUCAAGGGGAAGUAGAACAAUCUCAUAUGCAAAUGCCUCGGAGUUAUACAUUUCCCAAUAUAAUGUAAUGCGAGAUUUGGUAUCAUAUUUGGCACACAAAAACAAGGCAGUCCACAGCAAGAGAUUGGUCAUAACAAGGACGGAGUGUGGUUUGCUAAGUGAAGGGGAGUUGAUUAAAGAUAGUGUAUUGGACACUCAGAUGCUCUCUGUUCUCGCAGAACCUAUGGAGAAAAAUCACUUGCAUGAUAUUGAUUUGCCCGAGACAGAGGCUCUGUUGUUAGCCUUCACUUCGAGAGAAUAUAUUCUUUCCCCAUUUUUGAAGUCCAUGAAAAAAUUCAAGUUUUUCAUGAAUUUACCAUAUGAUAUUGGAAAUAUGAGCCAUCUAAGAAUAUUAAGGCUAUCAGCAUUACCAGGCCUGAAAGAGCUUCCAGUAUCAAUUGGAAAGCUUGAAGAGUUGGAAUAUCUGGACAUUUCAGUAUGUGAGGGCUUGAAACAGCUUCCAAAGGAAAUAGGGCAACUCAAGAAAUUAAGGGAGUUUGAUAUGAGAGAAUUUUCUCGUUUGAGAAGGUUACCCACAACUAUUUGUGAACUAAGUUCACUGAAGCUUGUUGUGUGUGAUUGGAAGAUUGGAGAGUAG